AUGUCUAAUGUUUUCACCUUGUCAUUAUGGGGUAUUGUGUGUAGAUGGGUGAGAAACAUCUAUUUAAAUUGAGGCUGUAGCAACAAAAUGUGAAAUAAGUCAAGCGGUAUGAAUACUUUCUGAAGCCACUAUUAUGACACCUUUUAUUUUUAUAUAGAUCAGGGAUGAGCAACUUUGAUGGGGGUCACAAAUAAAACUGAAUUUAUCAUGAGGGGGGCUGCAGUGCCCCCCUCCCACAUUUUAGCAGCCCCCCUUGUGACAGUGAAGGUUUAAAAAAAAAAAAAAAAACGCUGUUUUCAAGUUCAGUCAAUUGUGCACAUUGUGCCAUGGUGUAGAGAAAAUGUUGCAGUUUUAAAGCAAGUUUACUGCAAUUGUACACGUUUUGCCAAAGGGUGGAGGCAAAUGUUUGCUGUGUUUUUUUUAAUAUGAUAGUUGAUGAUCAAUGGGCCCACCCCCGGCCGGUAUUUCAACAUUGCUUACAACGUUUACAUAGCUAUACUAACUUGGUGUAAAAAUACUUUAAAGUUCUACUUAAGUUGUUUUUUUUGGGGGGUAUCUGUACUUUACUAUUUAUUUUACUACUUUUACUUCACUACAUUCCUUAAGAAAAUAUUGUAUUUUACUCCAUACGUUUCCCUUGAUACCCAAAAGUACUUGUUACAUUUUGAAUGCUUAGCAGGACAGGACAAUAGGACAAUAUUCACUCACUUAUCAACCGAACAUCCCCGGUCAUUCCUACUGCCUCUGAUCUGCCGGACUCAUUAAACACACACAUGCUUUCUGUAAAUAAAAAAAACAAGGAAACGGUGCCAUCUGGUUUCUUUACUUUUACUCGAGUAUGACAGUUGCAUACUUAUUCCGCCACUGCUUACCAAUCUAAAACAAUUUAGCUGACAUGGACAAAUUGAGUGACUGCUGAUGCACAACAACAUUUAGAAAUAACACCAUGUAUUCUAUUAUUGUAACUUGUUAUUUUUGUGUGAAAUAGAUCCGCGGGCCUACAAGAGGGGGGCUUGUAGGAUGCCAGUAGCCUUUCCCUGAUUUAGAUAUAGUGUUAUGAGUAUGUACACGUGAAGACCGAGACAGAUGUGAGUGGUGAUUUGAAUGUGUUCGUUGGAGUUGAGGGGGACGCAGACACUUAGCCAAUCACUUUGUGUGUCCCUCCCAGGCUGGCCUCCUUUUAUAGGCUGCUGAAAUGCGUAUUAUUUUAGACGCCACCCACAGCUGCACCUGACGCCACUACUAGAGCUCUGCAGAGAGGGGAGCAAAAUAGAGCAGAGCAAGAGACAGUCCAACCAAAACAGAGUGAGAGGAGGAGCAGAGUGAAAUUCAGCAGAGCGAGUGAGCGAGAGGAAGAGGGCCUGUGCUACGCUGUGCAUUAUCACUUGGGAGUGUUGGACCUAGUCUCACACAGAAUUUCCACACGUCCUAUCUUUCUUUCCCUGCUUGUGAGCUGCCAUAGACACCAAUACCCUGAGAGCUUUCUGGACUCACUGAGACAUUUUAAUGAAUGAGCUUACAGAAAUAAGAAAAUAUCAGAAGAGAUCCUUAACUUUCCAAGAAAUGCAAGCAUGAAGACCAACCAUGUCUAAAUGACAGAUGGCACAUCAAUGGGAAGGAGAAGAGGCAUCUCUUAACCAGAAGAACAGAUCUACUCAGGAGAAUAAAGAAGACCAUCUAAGAUAGCCCAUUGACUGAAGAGGGCCCUCUAAUCCAAAGCACAUCCUGCUAGGAAAGGUUCAGCUCUUUCCAGAAGACCAACACAAGGGCAUCCAGAGCUGGAAGAGUAGCCUUGCUCAUGAGACUUUCAAUAAGCUCCUGACUGGUAGGGAAAGACCCUUCUCCGGACAUAUCUUUAAUUUCAUUUUGGCACAGAUCUUGUAAUCUUUAACACAUGUAGUUUUAUUCUAUUUAAUAACAUGGAUCAGACGGAGUAGCUAUUUCGUCACACUUUUGGGUAGUGGUGUUCUACAGUUGUGACUCGUCCCGGAUGGUCAUGGUUCAUAUUGGGUGUUGAAACCAUCGCUUUAACCCGCUGGUGUCCAUGAAGAGGUUUGGCAGCCUGAGGAGGAGUAAGAAGCGGAAGGAGCAGGACCUGCUAGCGGCAGGAAGACGCCAGUCAGAGCCACCAUGUCUGCCUGUCUCCGGCCUCUCGUCUUCCCCCACCCCACCCAGCACCCCCAGCCUGCACAUGCUGUUCCCCCAGGAGGUUCACCAGAGUGCCCCAGAGCGCCUGGAACGCUCCCUCUCAUCACCCCCACCAGACACCGGACAGCGCCUCAGCCUGCCAUCCUCUGCCAAGCCCCCCAUGUCCUCCUCCUCUCCGAUACCCUACGCUUUCCCACUGCCCCAAACUACCUCACAGCCAAAUUUCUACGGUUUAUUCGAAGGCAUGCUGGAGAAACUUGACCUAAACGAUGAUGGUGUUGCUGCUGAACCAGACAGAGAUAUUUACAUGCGCUUUAUGAAGUCCCACUGCUGCUAUGACAUCGUUCCCACCAGCUCCAAGCUGGUCGUGUUCGACACUGGCCUACAGGUGAAGAAGGCGUUCUUUGCCUUAGUGGCCAAUGGGGUGCGUGCUGCCCCACUAUGGGAUUCAGAGAGGCAGUGUUUUGUGGGAAUGUUGACAAUCACAGACUUCAUCAUCAUACUACACAGAUACUACAAGUCACCGUUGGUGCAAAUAUAUGAGUUGGAAGAUCAUAAGCUUGAGACAUGGAGAGAAGUAUAUUUGCAAGAGACAUUCAAGCCUUUAGUGAACAUAUCACCCGAAUCAAGCAUAUUUGAUGCAGUGUAUUCCCUCAUUAAAAACAAGAUCCACCGGCUGCCUGUCAUCGACCCUGUGACGGGGAACCCACUUUACAUCCUCACACACAAGAGGAUCCUCAAGUUCCUACAGCUCUUUGUGCGUGAGAUGCCCAAGCCGGCUUUUAUGAAGCAGACUCUAGGAGAGCUGGGCAUCGGCACCUACAAGAACAUAGCCUUCAUCCACCCUGACACACCCAUCAUCAAGGCCCUGCAGAUCUUCGUAGAGAGGAGGGUGUCUGCCCUGCCUGUUGUGGACGUAUCUGGGAAAGUGGUGGAUAUUUACUCCAAAUUUGAUGUCAUAAACCUGGCAGCAGAGAAGACUUAUAAUAACCUGGAUAUCACAGUGACCCAGGCUCUGAGGCAUCGCUGCCAGUACUUUGAGGGGGUCAUGCAAUGCCACAAGCUGGAUACACUGGAGACCAUCGUGGACAAGAUUGUCAAAGCAGAGGUCCACCGGCUGGUAGUGGUGGAUGAUCGCUCGGCCAUCGAGGGCAUCAUCUCCCUGUCUGACAUCCUGCAGGCCCUGGUGCUCAGCCCAGCAGAUGCCUGCAGAGAGGAGGGCCUCCUGGAGUGAGACGGGGGGCUACUGCUGCUGGAAUCACAGAGGCUGUCCUACAAUAUAUAACUUGUAUUUUACAGGUAGCUGCCAAGAUAAAGGAAACACUUGAGUAAAUUAGGGAUACAAAGUCUAUUGAAAGCAGGUGCUUCUAAACAGGUGUGGUUCCUGAGUUAAUUAGGCAGUUGACAUCCCAUCAUGCUUAGGGUCAUGUAUAAAAAUGCACAGUUGCCCAUUAUUUUCUCACCGUGGCUAAAAUAGGAGAUCUCAGUGACUUUGAGAGAGUGGUCUCAAAGGAGCAUAGGGGGUUUAAAGUGGGUGUGUGUCUCCAGUGACCAGAUGUCAACCCAAUUGAACACUUAUGGGAGAUUCUGGAGUGGCGCCUGAGACGGUGCUUUCCACAACCAUUAACAAAACACCAAAUGAUGGAAUAUCUCUUGGAAAAAUCCCUUCUAUAUAAUUCCAGACACUUGAAGUGUGCAUUGAAAUGCGUUGAAGCUAUUCUGGCGGCUCGUGGUGGCCCAAUGCCCUAUUAAUAUAUUGGUGUUUCCUUUAUUUUGACAGUUACCUUUACGUCCAGAGCCCUUCAUAUUGAUGCACUAGACUUUGAAACCAAAGGGCUGGGCUGGAUUGGACUGCUACUGGGGGCUAAAUGGCUUUAAUACUGGAGGACCAGCAUCUCUCUGUCUGAAUGGAACUGGACUUGAUUCACUGUGGGGCUGAGCCAGUCUGAACUGUGGUUAUGUAUGUAUAUGAGGGCUAUAUACGUUUUGGUGUUUGUCUCAGUAUCAUGCUGCUCUGUCGUGUUAACAGUGCCUAGUCACUGGAUAGUUUCAAACCUUCAAUGAACAAGUAGAUUGACAGAUAUUGCCAAGGCAUCUUACUUGAUGAUACACACAAGCAUGUGUAUAAGUUACCCACGGGAAAUAAUAACCUGUUUGUAUCGGUGGAGCUGGAACGUACUGGACCACUAAAAGUGAUGGUUGAGUAAAUAACGUCUAUAUUCUAUGCUGUCAAACACAGACCAUUUAGACAAUAUAAUUGCAUUCUUCAUUUUAGUAUCAAAUGUGGCCAUAUUAUAGCAUGUUCUAUGGUAAGCCACAUGUUGCUAUAAUGAGUUGUUGUCCACACCCCUUUUAGGGGCUAUAUGCAGUCUCUUUGUCCAAUCCUUAGUCACAGUGCCUUUUGCCUAUUGCAGGUGUUCAUGCUUUAUCUGGUUAUGAUUGGAGGGGUUUUGUUUGUAUAUGAGUAACAUGCUGUGAAGAGAGACAGAUAUAUAUAUUUUGUAUUCAUUCUCGAUAACACUUGGGUUGAGAUUUAGAGCCAUUUAUUUUGCCCGCUUUAUGCACUUGAGCCAUGGAUCACUUCCAUCUACAACAUCUAUAACAUCUAUAAAGCAAAAUGGUGGAUUCUGAACUGCUCUUGACCAGACUCCUGUGUUGUGGCCAGAGAAUACACCUCUGACAACUCAUCUAUAUUGUUUCACUGUAAAUAAGAACGUUUUCAGGAAAUGUGCCAGAGAAAGCUUUAUUUUUAUGUAACUUUAAAGAAAUCAUGUUAAAAUAACUGCAGUUUUAAUAUUAUUUUUGUAAAUAUAUUGUGGCAAAAUGAGCCAAUAUAAAUAAAGAUACUUUCUAUUCAGAACAAGAUGUACAUGUGCAAGCAUGAGAAACGACACUAUAACAGUUGUGAAUGUUCUUUACUUUUCUAUUUUUCUGCGUGCAGAAAAAUAAACGAUGACACUGAAUGUA